UACUUUCCGGUCACUUCAGCUUUCAUCUACUUUCAUCUCCAGUAACUAACUAAUAACGACACCUUGAGGCUUCAGCUUCACCAUCUAUGUCUUCUCAUUACCACCCCUCGCGACCCUAUAUCUCUAUCCCUCAGCCACCGCCCGGCAUUCUUCCCUCAGGAGCACAACGACCAACAAAUCCUAGCCCCUCAACUCGACCUGAUCCUUGGGCAUUCGAAGUGACCCCUCCUCCAUUCGCAGAAAAUCAAUAUGCACUACACAAUCCAUGGGGAGAGGAAAAUGGAUCGCCGAAUACCUUGCGCCAUCGGACGUUGUCCCUCAUAAAUCUGCCUUCCGAUAGUUCACGGCCACCAAGUCGUGUGAGCAGCGUCCAGGCUUCAACUACAAAUGCUCCUUUGGCAUUUCCAGAACCUCAGAUAUAUAGAUCAGUUUCGCAACGAGUUUCGGGCCACAAGCCAAGUGCAAGCGAUAUAUCAGCUGGAAGCCUUAGACUUCGACACGAUCCUUCAGUUGCAUCGUUCCGGUCAACACAAUCCACAAAUUCAUGGUAUUACGACGACGAUUAUGGUUCAAUUUCUAACGAGUCGCACGGGGAAGAGGAACAGUUAUCCAAGAGUCUCUCUGAUGUCUCGCUAACAUCGGAUGAAGGACUUGCCCGUUUCCAGUCUGGGGAAUUACCGGAGAAUGAUCAGGAAUGGCAUCGAUUGGUUCCACCGGAAGCAAUUGAAGCUCUAGGAAAAAUAGAAGUUCAAAGGCAAUCUGUGAUCUUUGAAGUGUUCAAAGCUGAGCGAGAAUAUGUUUCGGACCUGGAAGCAGUGCAGGAUGUGUAUAUCACACCUCUUAUGAAUGCCAAUCCUCCGAUUAUACAACCUAAUCGAUUUCAAGGAUUCAUCUCUGAAGUCUUUGGAAACUUUAGUCAGAUUCUCGCCCACCAUCAGCGGAUGCUUGGCGCUUUGUUCGCCCGUCAACGAGAUCAACAUCCUCUGAUACAAAGUAUUGCCGACAUCGUUCUAGAUACCACCCUCAAGAGUGAUUUUCGUUCAGCUUACGAGAUAUACAUCAAACAUUACCCACUUUCUGAAUCUCAACACCGAAAGGAACUCCGGAAUAACACCGCGUACCAGUCUUUCAUGCAAUCAGCUUCCUCUGAUCCUCGUAUACGGAAACGAGAUUUGAUAACGUUCCUUUCCCGCCCGGUGACGCGCCUUCCGCGUCUCAAUCUGCUGCUAGAGCAGAUACUCAAGCUCACGGAUAAAGAAUACGAACAUCCAGACCUUGAAACUUUACCUAUCAUUUUGGGAAUUUUGAGCGACUGUAUCAAAAGCACUCAGCCCGGGAUUGAGGCCGCUGAAAGUAAAGUCAAGUUUUGGGCUUUGUGCGAAAGUUUGGUCUUCCGAAAGGGCGAGAUAAUUGAUAUGGACCUAUAUGACAAGGGCAGAUCACUGGUUUAUUCGGGACCGGUGUCUCGAAAAAAUCGUUCUGAAGGUUCCGUAACAGGCAGUUGGUCAGGAUCGGGUUGGACUGAUCUUUCCGCGGCGCUGUUAGACAACUAUUUAUUACUUACUCGUGAAGAACAACGUCCAAACGGAGUGUACAAACGGCAUCUCAUGUCUCGACCCUUAUAUCUAUCAUUUCUGCGGUUAGGUUCUUUCUCUUCGCCCCCUGAAACGCGCAAAGAGCAUCCCAAAGACGGCAGUGUAUUGAGCGGCUUAUUAUACCAGUCCACCCCUUUAUAUCCUUUCACAAUAUACCAUGAAGCGAGUAAACAAUCCCGCAGAUAUACUCUUUAUGUUGCCAAUGAAUCAAUACGCAAAAAAUGGCACAACUUCCUUCUCGAUGCUAUCGCUGUUCACAAAGUCAGACAAGAAGGAAACAUGUAUUUUUCACCCGACGCGCUGAGUCGGCAAUUCUUUCGAAUAAGCGGAAGCUCAAAUGGAAACAAAAACCCGGGAAGAAUUAACGCUGUUGUCCCUUUCAGUUUCAACGGCCGACAGUUCAUCGCGGUCGCAUGUUCUACCGGCAUGUACGCUGCGAUACGGGGUCGCGAAAACUUCCACAAGGUACUAAACGUGCAACCAACUUCUAUGGCAGCACUACAAUCACUAGGGUCGAAGACCUUCAACAAGUUCAUUGUUCAUGUCAACAACUCCCUUUUGUCAUAUCCGCUUGACGUGAUAGCCCAAGUGGCUUUGGGUCAAGUCGAACCCAAGGUGUUGGCCGCGUCGGUGGAAAAAGUCGUAUCGAAUGAGGUCGUCUUCUUCAAGCAUUUACACGUUGGGCAACGUGUGUUGAUUGUUUACGCAGUGAAGAAGUUACUGCAGGUCACUUUAAGCUUACAUGUUCUGGAAGUCGUGGAUGUCAAUGACACGGCGCUAACACCUAAACGAGAACAACGCGGUUCUGGUAAAUCUUCGAACUCGUUUAGGGCGUUUGGUGAUGCCGGUUAUGCCCCGAAAGAUGCGUUUGAUGUCACACCACUAGUCAAAACCAUUGGAAUCUGUGCUCGUGGCGGGAUUUUGAUUGUUGACCCCACGAAUAUUGCUGGUGGUCGAGUCACGGUAGUCCCAGAUUUUUCGGGUGCAAGCACCAAUCAACCUUUAGCCAACCUCAAGUCUCGAGUUGAUGGAUUGAAACCUCUGGGGCUCAUUCGCUGCAAUAGCUCUGAGCUACUGGUGAUAUACGAAACCGUUGGGUGCUACAUCACCAAACACGGAACGCCCUCCCGUUCCUCAGGAUACAUCAAAUGGGAAUCGAAGAUCGACAGUUUCGCUCAGCGUGGUACCCAUGUCUUGCUGUUCUCUGCUCUGUUCAUCGAAAUCCGGGAUAUCUUGACUGGUAGGAUUGUUCAGGUGAUUGAAGGGGAGGAUAUAAGACUGAUGUACGCUGGUCCUACGCCGGACAGUCAUGAGCUGAUAUUAGUGGCCAUGAGAGGAGAUGAGGGUCAAGGGGAUAAGGAUUUGAAGGAAGGGGUUGUGGACAAGAUUGUGGAGUUGCAAGAGACGUCUGAGAUUUCUGAUAUGCGUGCGCGUACACCUACUACAGCGGUGCCAGCGAUGUGGGAGGAAUGGGACAUGUGAUCUAUGCGUUAGAAGUAAUGUACAGUAUGACUUUCACUGACAAUCUUAAUAUUAAUCGUAAGUUAUUCUGAUUGUAGGCAAUUGUGUAUUAGAAUGUAUAUA